CCUCGCGCGGUUCCGUAGCUCACGUCGAAGCCGGGUGUUUGCAAUGGCGGACGUGUCUGAAAGGACUCUGCAGGUGUCCGUGCUAGUGGCUUUCGCCUCUGGAGUGGUCCUGGGCUGGCAGGCGAAUCGGCUGCGGAGGCGUUACCUGGAUUGGAGGAAGCGGAGGCUGCAGGACAAGCUGGCGACGACUCAGAAGAAGCUGGACCUGGCCUGAGCGCGCGCCGCGGCCCGGGCACGCAGGGUUCUCACAAGCCCAGAUGUCGAUGAGCAGCGCGCGACCACUAGCCCCUUGUCGAAGAUGGAUAUGAAGCACUGGAAGAAAAUAAUUUCUUGGCACUUUAUGAAUCUAUUUUUAAAAUAAAAAAAAUGUAAACAUC